AUGGACUUCCCGAGAGCUGUCACCACACAGGCUCACGGAGCUCCAAGCCCGUUUAAGGAGUCAGAGGGACCAGGAGCUUUCCACAUGCCCAAGGUGACUGAGGGUAGACUCAUACUGAUGUUUAGGCUGAUCCUACAAGCUGGAAAAAGGGUAUCUGCCAAAGCGCAGUACAGACACUAUUUACUGCUCCCUUGUCAGAUGGAGGAGAGUGGUAACAGUGAAAAAGAUGUACUGGUAGUCUCACACAGAACGUCACAGUGGUUUCAACGAAAUGGACCUAUGAAUAUCAACCACUACGCAAAUAAGAAGAGCGCUGCGGAGAGCAUGUUGGACAUUGCCCUGCUGAUGGCCAAUGCAUCCCAGCUGAAAGCUGUGAUGGAGCAAGGACCUUCUUUUUCUUUCUACAUCCCACUUAUCAUUCUUAUCAGCCUGUCGCUCGCACUGCAAGUUAUGGUGGGAGUGCUCCUGAUAUUCCUUGUAAAAUAUGACCUUAACAACCCUGCAAAACAUGGAAAGCUGGAUUUCCUCAACAACCUUGCAACGGGACUAGUAUUCAUUAUAGUAGUUGUGAAUAUUUUUAUCACUGCCUUUGGAGUGCAGAAGCCAGUUGCUGAGUCAGCGUCAAGACAGUAAGUACAAGAGACCUGAAGCAUUCAUUUCUCCAUAGGUGCCAUUUGCACUUGAGCCAGUUACACUUGGACACAAUAGAAAAAAAAAAUAAUCUGAAGAAGCUGGACAUAUCGAGCAGCAUUCUCAAGCUUCCAACAACCAACACAUCUGUGCAC